AGUUAACGUUGCCGCCGUGAAUCUUUUGAACCCUAAUAAUCAAACCAGUUGUCAGAGUGUACUAAAAAAAAAAGAACAACAGUUUUCAGAGAACCCCCGCCAAAUUGGCUUUCAACAAUGAAUACGCACCGUUUCGGAGCCCUAAUCCGAAACGCGAAGCGGUUCUAUUCGUCCUCACCCGCGAUCGCUAGACCAGAGAAAUUCUUCUUCGCCGACGACGGCGAACCCGGGAGCUCGGUUUUCCGGCACGCCCUGAAAUUCCAGCGGCCGGCGACGAUCAUGUGGGAGUGGAACAAGCAGUUGCUGAACUCCGGUAGCUUUAUUGGGACCGUCGAGCUUCCUUUGAAAAUUGUGGACACAAGGAAAACCGGUCGCUUUGGCGUUCACACUAUACUCUCCGUCAAUCGCACGGUUAGGAUACUACUGUUGAUGUGGGACGAGAUGGCAGAAAUGUCUCUACAACAUUUGAAACCAAAUGAUUUUAUCUAUGUUUCAGGUCCUUUAGGGUGUUAUACAAAGGCUCAUGAGGAUGGAGACCUCAGAACAUAUUACAAGGUCACAGUAGAAGAAUUGAAUUAUGUUGCCCGAGAUGGCCAAGGCCCAACCAGCCAGAAAGUCGAGGAGUCGCAAUUAGGAGCAGGUAGAGCUGACUUGGAGGGGUAUGAAAACCGCAAUUACUUGUGGCAAGUGUUUUUCACCAAUCCAUAUGAAUGGUGGGAUUUAAGGAAACGUAAGGUAAAUCCAAGACAGCCAGAUUUCACACACAAGGAUACUGGUGAAGCUCUCUGGUUGAGUCCAAAUGAUCCUCCAUGGAUUAAAAGGCAACUCCAGUUGCUUGAUACAAAAAUGGCAGAACAAGGCCAAGGUGAUUUCGGUUUGCGUUCCCGUGUCUCCAUGUGGGUUUAUGAUGAGUAGAGGCCAGUCUGGAGGCCUUGAAAGAACCAUCUGCUUUUGCGUAUUGGUCAUGUACAGGGUUUUACGAUCUUAGUCAUUGCAUCUAACUGGAAGGUCAAAGAAUGACAGAAGCAAUAUCAAAACUAGACAGGAAUUUGAGGUUUUUACGUCUCCAAGCAUAUUUCUCAAUCUCACUUAUGAAAAAAGAAAAGAAAAAAAAACAUAUAUAUAUUUAUAUAUCUCUCUCAAUCUCAGAGUUGCAGUGUGUUGAGCACUGAAUAUUCUGCAUUCAGUUCUCUCUACAGCAGGUUGCAGGUAUCCUAUACAUGACAAAAAUAUGAAUACAAGUCUUUUUCAUUUUAUGUAGUCUUUUUUUUUUCCUUUGUAUAGCCUGGCCACUUCAGGGGUCACUUCAUGAUUGCAAUAUCUAUACAUAAUGCAUCUCCACAAACUUGUUUCCUUCUUUAAAGUAAGUUUGGAUAAGAAAACUGUCUGAAACUUUCUGUUUAGAUUGAAUGAGAAUUUCUCAUUGAGGGAUAUUGGUUGACUUUCUUAGAAUAUUUAGAUUUCCUUUUGGCUUGCAUAUGCCUUUGCAUUAGGCUUUCCCACCUUGUAUGGGUACUUGACAUCAAAUGAACUAAGAAAAUUUAGAAGAAUAUUAGAAGGGGAAAAAAAACCGUUUUUAAUUCCCUCGAUUAUUGAUCAAAUAGACAAUAAAAUCCAGGUGAUUUAGGAAACAGGCAGGUUGGAGCUUGCCAGGAAAUCACCAACUUUGGCCACUUGUUUUGCCCCUUAGAAACAAAGAAUCUGAGCAUAAUCAAUGAUUUUGUUGUGAUAGGCUUAUAGCUAUAUUUACAGACAGUUUUUGCUUUCUGCAAACCCAGUAACAAAAUGUGGAAUACUUUAUUCAGGGUGAUCACUGUGAAGAUGACAUAUGACAUAUGUAUAGGUUUCAUGCAAUAAUUAAUUGGGGCACUCCUAAAGGAUGGGAUCAUUGCCAUGUUGAUGCCCUGUUGAGACAAUGAGUCGAGCAACAAAAGAUGAAGGGUGCCUUUUUCAGUACAUGGUAGAGGCUUCUAGUUCUAGUAGAGGGCUUUUGAAAAUUUGUAGGUUCUUAGAAUGGGAAGAAGAUGAUGAAGAUGGUGAUGAUGGCCAUGGCUACAUUAAACUUCAAGGUUUAUAAAUUGGA